UUUCUUUCUUUUUUAUGUUAAAAACAUUUUAAACAGCUACAGCGCCAUCUACUGGCGAGUAGUAGAACCAAAUGAACAUAGUCGUUACCAAUAGGUGUAAAUGCUUGCCGAUAGAUGGCGCAUCUUGAAGUUGCAUCUACUUGAAGCUAGAUGGCGCUUCUCGGUAUAGUGAAAAAACACGACUGUAAACAUGAAACUUUUCUCGUGCGUUGUCGGUUCUUUCGCUGAUUGAGUUUCAAGAAAUUAAAGUUGUUAUGCUUUUUUUAACAUUUUUUAUAAUUCAUCAUAAGAGUUUAGUGCCAAUAUUGCAAUAUGAUGCCACAUGAUACAUAGAGCUUUUUUUCAUUUACAUAUUAGAGAUUUCAGAGUUAUCAUAGAAAAUUAACCAAUUUUUAUGACUUUCUCUUACCUAAACUACCUAAACUAAAGGCCUUUGCAAAAACAAUUUGGUUGCUGCAAACAAUGAUAAAUACAGUUCAUAAAACAUCGAGUACCAAAAACCUAUGACCACGCAAUCUGGUAACCACAUGUUAAAAUUCAGUGUCAAAAAUGCGAACAUUUCUAACAGACAGAUCUAUUAGCCUAGCUUUGUUUGUCAGGUCAACGACAUUACAUUUGAUUUCUAAAGCUAUUUAGUCGCCGUGGGUGUUAUUGUUCAUACUAAUUGGUGUUGGGUUGAGGAACUGCGAUAAUGAUUUUCGCACUGCGUCAGUACGCCAACGUUCAUUUGUUAAUGCAGUUAUGUCAAUUCUUUAUUCUAUGAUUUUGGUUUAGGAAGCUGUUAGCCUGAAAUAUUGGUGUCGAUUGCGAGGGCGGGGUAUAAAAUAAUAAUUGUGAAAAUGGUUUGUUGAGGAUUAGGAACUUCCGGUUCAUAUUAAACACUGCUUACAGAUGCUUUUUUGAAAAUGUAAAUUAGCGGUCUUAUACAUUUUUUUCUAGAUUUCUCGAAUUGCUAGAUCCAUGCAACAGAUCCGGUUAAUACGUAAGACUUUACUUAACUUUACCUAAAAUUUCUUAUUAUUUUUACCACUUGCUUACAAUACAAACAUUUGCACUUUUUACGAUAAACUGUUGUAAAAUUUCAUUAAAAAAAAUCGGUCAGUAAAUUCACCUAGUAGCUAGCGUAACUACAAAUCUAAACUAAUAUUAUAAAAAGGUAAAAAUAAAUAUUGGUGUGUUUACGACACUGUAGCAGGAUCUCACGAUUUGCUGAACCGAUUUAGAUUUUUUGAAAACUUUUAAAUCUACGUCAUUUGUGUCAUUCGCAUACAUUAACCGUCCAACGAAGUAGGCACGGGCCAGCAAGUAUUCAAGUCUUUAUCUUGAAGGUGUAAUAAACACUAAACAAGCGACGAUCGGACAAUUUGACCUAAUGGCUAGGAAUGUCAAAUAAAGACAGCUCUAUUGGCAUUAUAAACGAUGUUAAUGUCGACACUACAAUUAAAUUCUUUUUCGCGUUCUCUCUUUAUUAUUAGCACGAAAGUAAUUUAAUUUGAAAAUGUCACGAUCCGAUGUCGUUUAUUUGAGUGUUCUUCGAUUGUGUUUAUGUUCUUUUUAAUUUUAACUUUGGUGUUAUUUAAUUUUACUUUUUCUUUCUGUUUUCAGAGUCAGAACUGAAUCCAUUCGUAUUUUUUUUAGUUUGACUUUCAUUUUAAUUACGAGUUUUACGAGUUUGGUACUGAUACGUUACCUAUUUUUUUUAAUAAUUGAUUUCAUUUUUGAAUAAAUCUUACUCAGUCGCACUGUUCUUGUGCAAUUGUGGAAACUAUAUCUUAAUGUCAUUCUUAUCUUUUUCAGCAACGUACCAUUUCACAGCUAAAAAUACCGACAAAGAACAUUUAGCUGUAAACCAUUUUCAUUUCUCAAUUUCUUUCCGUCGAAUUACAAAAUAUUAUUAUUACCAUCGAUACAUCGUUCACCUUUCCCUAUCUACGACCCCUACAAACAUAAUAAAAUGUCAUGAACUAUUUACAUUGGUGACCUACAGUAAACUUCAAUAUUGACGGAGCAAUGACAAGCAACCAAGCAGGCAAGCAUCUGCCAAGCGAUCGGCAAACAAUCGCUUCCCGUGAGAAAGAUGGAUAUCUCAAUGAUCCUUUACUGAACGUUAUUUGAAGAUCAGAUGACUAUCUAUUACUAAACACUCACUGUGUAUAAUAUUGCUACUUGAUUGGCCGAUAUGUUAUUGUAGGAACCGACCGAACGCAACUAUAGUCGUUAAUUUAACAAGGUUGAAAGUUUUUACACAGGGACUUCUUCAACAAAACCUUUUUGGUUUUAAACUAGUUUCAUGACAAUGGAUGAACUUUUUCUGUUCUAAAAUCUCUAAUGGGUGUACUUACUGGUUUUUCUUGUUAUCUUAAUCACAGUUUUCUAUUUAAUUUACAACAUUAUUGAAAUGACAAGUAAUAAAUACAACUUUAAUGAAUAAAACAUCUCGUUUACAUUAUCCAUUAAUUAACUAAUUAAGAGAACGGUUUCAAAAAGUAUUAUGCAAAUGCAUAUGUUGCGUGUGUUAAUACAAAAAUAUUAUUUUGCAAUUAGUAAAUACAUUUCGUAUGAGACGUGGGCAGUAAUGGUAGUGUCAGUAAUCGUCGCACCAUUAUAGCCCAAGAUAAAGAGACCUUUGACUUUUCAAUUAAGCUCUAUUAAGCAACACAAUACAAUUUCCUUGCACAACUGCUAUAAAUGCCCACUGUGAAAUUGCUCACCCUGCAUGUUCAUUUGUUCGUACUAUUUUUAUCUCGGCUUAACAGGCACGACUGCUGUCUCAACUCAUUGAAUCCCGCGGUCAAAUGCAAAUAUAUCAGAAUGGAACCGGUCCAUAACUCGAAAUCUACGAUAAAGUAACGCUUAUACGCGAACUAGCUGCGACAUGAAAAAUACAACUUUUUGACACCACACUAAUAGACAAGAUUGUGGGGACUGUUUCGACCCCUAUGACAUUAAAGUAUCAUGAAUGCGAGCAUUAUCAAUCUCGGGGUAUAAAAGCCCGGUGUAAUGAUUUCGUGCCCCUGUAAAUCCCUACCCAAUUGUGUAACUAGGCGCGAAACUUGUUUUAAAGUGACGACAGCCGCUACUGUUCGCUAGACGAGUUUGAUUUAAAUCCUUUGUGCGUGUUUAAUAGUUGACAUGGAUACAUGAAUAUGUAUGUAUGAAAUGGGAUUUGUGAGUAGAUCACGAGCGGUAACGGUUCGUACGUUUGUGACCAGCUGCGGACGGAUUCUGAUGAGCGGGUCCGUGGCGCUGCGCCGGCGCGGCGAGCUGGCGCCCUCCGCGCAGCCGCAGUCGGUGCGAGCGCGAUCCGCCACGCGCACCUCUGUACCGCGCGUCAUCUACGAAACGAAUUACAAUCGAAACAUUCGAAUCAAACGGUCAACUCGCGAUUGUCAAAUAUAAUUGGAUAGUGACAGACGCAUGUCGUAUGUCCAGUGUCAAGUUCAGUGUAUGUUUGGUAGGAUUUAUAUUGCUAAACAGUUGUUUGUUUACUACUGCCGGCGUCUUAUAUUCACGUGUCAUUUUAUGGAUUUGCCUAUGCGAAAGAAGAAAAUUGUUUUUGUGAAUUGUUGCUAAACAAACGCUGCAGACGCCGACAGUAGUAAAAGCGUUCAGUUGUUUUGUUUAGGAUGAACAAAUGAAAGUGACAUAACGUGCUUAUUAGGAUGUGUUCGUAACCCUGUGAUAAAACAACAGUUUUAUUUUGUGUCGCCGUAAAGUGAUGGUUGUGAUCAGCAAUGCCAGAUUGGCGAUACAACGUGCUCUCGACCAACGAGGCGUUUAUAGACACUGAAGGGGCGCCCAUGCUGGACCCGCUGGCCGCCAGCUACCCGCGCCGCGCCGACCGCAGCCGCCCUCACCACACGUGCCCCUACACCACCAUAUUCCUCGGCGCUCGCGCGCACCAUGCUCCAUAUCGAUUACCAGCUCUGCAAAGCGAUUCCAUCGAUCCCUAUGCAGACGUGUACUCCGUUGACCGCUCCUCCAAUCUCACCGAUACCUCCAGUUUUGCACGGUAUGAAGACCUGCGCCCUCAGAUCGACGACAUUGUGUCGGAAACCGAUGAUCCUGGUUACACAAAUGAGAAAUUAACAGAUAAUGUGACAUUACAAGUUCAAAAAGUGCCAUAUACUUCCAGUGUGUUUUACAUUUCAGCAAAAACUGACUCAAGUCGCAAAGAAGUGGUGCAGAGUAACGAUGUAUUCCUUGUCGAGGAGUCUGAUUCAGAUGCAUUAUCGUCCUGUACUUGCGACAGUUUUGAACGGUGUGAGUUUGACUGCAGAGACUUUGAGCCAUUUUCUGACACGUGUUGUUGCGAUCCAUUGAGUGACGGUGUUUGUAGCCGUAGUCCUAAAGAUGUGGACUCGCCGGAACAUUUUUGUGAUAGAGUUGCGGAAGAGGACGGUGUUUCAAACCGGAGUGAUAUGGAGGGAUUAGAUCUCGCUUUGUUUGAACCGGCGCAAACUGAGUCAGCAGAAUGCGGCGACGAGUCCGCGCAAAAUAAUGCUGCUUCCGCUUCGUCCACUCUGUGCGGCGUAUUGUACGCGCUACCUGACAGCAGCAAUGAUGGGGCAACGAGCGCGGUCGGGGGUGCUGUCGUGGGGGUGCCGCUGUCCUGGGAACCUUUUUACUGCGUUCUGCAGCAGGACCGGCGAAUCCUCACUGCCUACACCAGCGAAGAACUUGCUUCGUUCCCCGGGUUUUAUGUCGACAAGACCAAUAAUAAUGGUGAAUAUUCGUCGAGAAGUCUUCCCCGCGUGAGGUUAGACAGCGGGGCCACCGUCGGCAAUGCUGGCGUGAGGCUUCGCUGUUGGGCUGCACCACCUUCUAUAACCGAGGAAGAAGUUGAAGAUGAAAUCGAAGAAGAUGCUGUUUCAUUACGUGCGAUGCCUGCUCAAGGUGAGUAAACUUUUUAAACUAAGUAAAGCUACAGAAUGUAGUAUAGUACUACGUAGUACAGCGCCCUCUAUUUAACGACAGAAGCAACCAACUUAUACCGCCAUCUAGCGGCAAGUACGCAGCAACAGCGUUUCUAUUCGACGCUAGAUGGCGCUAUAACGCAUCUACUCACGUUGAUUCACUCAAUAACAGAUGGCGCUACUAAUGUUAACAUCUUGUAUUAAAAUAGUAGCUUCAGAAGGAUAUAAAAUAAACACACAGUAUUGAGUAUCUAUAUAAAAUUCAAAUGAAGACAUUUACUUACAAAAUGACUACUUAGGUGAUUGAUUUUACCGGAAAAGUAUCUAAAAAUCUUCUAAAAGUUAAAUUUUAUAACAUCUGUUAAAAAAGUUGCAAAUAUAUUAUGAUGCCAAAAUCAAAUAGAACUUCAUGAGUAAUUGCAUUGAUUUUAAAUAAACUUCGUAAUAACAUAGAAGAUUAAUCAAACCAAACAAGAUGCACUUCAUUACGUAGCAUUAGAUUUGGUUUGAGUGACGUUUCGCUGCAGUGUUGCCAACGCAACGUUAGAAGGGCGCUCACCGUGACGCCAGCGCACCCGUUGACAAUCGAUUCAACUAAAUUUUCACGCUCCUGCAUACUUACUUGUCACUGUUUUUGUCGCCCAUAAUAUUAGUCAGAAUAUCAACUUCUUCAACGAAUUCCUAAUCUUUGUCGGGCUGUGAAACAGAUCGACGCUUUUUGUUAGUAUUGUUUCAUCUUUUUGGAUGAGUCUUUGUUAAACAGUUUUUUGACAUUUCAUCACUUUUCUUUGUAACUACGUUGAUUACAUCUACAUGUUGGCACAGUAUUGCACGAAAUGGUACUGUUUUGGGGAACGACUUGGAAAGGGUCAUGUUCACGGAAACCUUUGUAUUUCUUUAAUUAGCUUUCCUUGUUUGUAAUAAAUUACCCUGAAAUUUCUCACUGACUUAGUUACGGAUACAAUAAAGCAAAAAACGAAAAUCAAAUCGGAAUGUAGCCAAUUAAAAAAACCCCUUUUUGUUGUUAUGUUUCAUACACGUAACGUGUGUUUUCCAAUAAGCGAGAGUAUCAAUUCGACACACGACAGUCCCUUCGCCCCUGUCUGGCGCAAUCGAGCUAAAAUGGGCACAAUUAGGGCCCGGCCGUUUUUAAUUGACAUUGCUCCCUCAGCGAGUGGGCUGCCCGCCGCCCGACACUUUGACAACCAAUCUCGGACAGGUGAAUAGAUACGCAAAUAACUACUGCAUAUUUAGCAGAAUAAGAUAUUAACGAGUUUUUGCCAAGACCGGCUAUAUUUCAAUGAAAUGUGUCUGUCCAUGAAAGUAAAUCUUUUUUUCCAAGAAAGUCAUAAAAUCCUCCCCAAAACCCCAUUUUGACCCUUCGGAUAUUAUAAGUAAAUAUUAAGUUUUACCAGAACCAAUAUCUUAGGGUGUACCGCAUGAGGUAGUAAGGUUAAGUAAGACGAAAUGAUUUUAUCGGGCUUUUACCAUUAAGAGUUGGAAAAUCUUAGGAUUAACGUACUUCGCACUUUUUCAACAUAUAUAGUACUUUAUUUAACUGUUAAUCAUUUAUAUGCAAAGAAUAUCCAUAUAAUAUGAUGACUUGUCUGUUUGAACAAAGUUAAUGACACUUUCGGGAGUUGCGUCAUUCCGAUAUACAUAUUCAUAAUGAUAACAGAUGUUGCACCGAUUUAGGAAGACUUCUAAUAAAUUACUGUUAUUAUUUUUGUGUCACACGUGCUGCAAAUGAGAAUAUUUUUUUCUAUAAAAUAAAAUUAUUAUAAUUCAUCUGUUGAAAAAAAAUAAGAAGGAAUUGGUUAGUUUGGUUGUGUUUUCAAUUGUUUUAUCUUCAUCCAGUUGCAGAUAAUUGUGGUACUUUAAUUUUCUUAAUGUAACCGGAUUCCGAGAAUGUCUAAUAAAAUUUUUAAAAUUAUUUUAUCGCUCAGUGGCUGUGAAACACGACGAAUAAAAAUUGUGAUUAAACUUAUCAAAAGGUUAACGUAACGUAACUUUUUCCGGUUAUAAAGGUCACAAUUUCAAUAGGGUCAGUAAGGUACUUAGGUGUCAGAUUAAAGGAAGUUGCGUAAAGUUCCGUCAAUUUUUUUUAAUAAUUCACUAGUACCUACCAAAAAAAAUGUGUUCACAACAAAUAGAAAAGUGAACAGAACAGUUUGUCUCAUCAAAUUUAUAGCGUACUCCUAAUAUCCAUCGGCUAUCCCGAUAAAAACACUCAAAUUCAAGCUCUUCUAAGUUAGGCCCAAAAAUAGAUUAACACGCGACCUGUAGGUGGAAACUUUAUAAUAUAACGUCUGGCAUACAAAAUGAGAAUAACAUUUUGCAUUGAUACGAUAUUGAGUUUUCCUUUGACCUUGCCUGAUAAGACAUAAAGAUACAACAAUAUGGCUAUCUCAUCUAUCCUAUGUCCUAAUUUGAAAGGUUUAAGGCGUGUCAAUGUUUUGAAUUAAUUAUGAUUAAAUUGCACAACGGAAGUCCGUUUACAUGCAGAUAUUGACAAUGAAUAGUACUGGAAAGUUUUGGAAAAUUGAGAUCGGCGAGUAGAUAAUGGUGGAAAGAUUUAAGGUAGCCCUUUGCCCGCAUCGAGAAACUAUUUCCUAGAAGAAAUCGAAAAAACAGUUGAAGGUUAUGAGAGCAUUUUUUUCUAUUAACUAUUCACAAUUCUCAAUUUUCUUUUUCAAAUAU